AUGUCUAUGUUUAGAACCUUGCAGCACAGUCCUAGAGUUAUCUCCUUGUUUUCCAGCAGCCUGGAGAACAACCGUUCAACUGCUGCGAUUCUUCAGCUGCUGAAAGGCAAUGCGGAUCGUAAACUUAAUGUUCAGCUAGAUAGCAAAUUCCCUACGCUAGACCAGCUUAGAUACAUGAAUGAUAUCAGCCCAUCGCUAUUACGGAAACAGAUUCCGCAGCUGAACGAGCUGUUGACGAAGGACACAGGGGACCCAAUAUUUCAAUCAGAUCUCCAUGAAUGUAUAAAGAAAGGUCUUUGGAGUGCCUCUACCCCCUUAUGGGUAGAUUGGGAAAAGAAGAGGAUGGGCAACGAUGUACAGAGUAUCGAGAAGCUAUUAAAUGAGACGGCCUCAAAGGAAGCGACUUCGAAGGAACACAAAUAA